AAAUAACCUUUAAAGUCAGAACGACGAAUCUGGCAGGAGCUUUAGGUCAGUUUAAUGCACUUUGUGGAUCUCAGAGGAUUUUCUCUGUCGGUGCCUUUUUUAACUGGGAGGAUUUUAACAAACCAAUCAAAGGGUGCCAGGGCACACACCGUCUGCUGAAAUCUUCCUCUUUCCUGGAUCAUUACCAGGACUACUCCGGGACCUACGACACCUCGUCCCGCGGCAGCAGCAGCACCAGUCCGGCGCAGCCAGAGUCCUUCACGAGCGGCAGCAGCACAAUCGGCAGUCCGAUCUCUACCUCAAACUACCAGAAGUACAGGCUGGACAUGCCCGGCUCCAACAGUGCCUUCAUUCCCACCAUUAAUGCAAUCACUACCAGCCAAGACCUGCAGUGGAUGGUGCAGCCGACCGUCAUCACCUCCAUGUCCAACCCGUACUCCCGCUCCCACCCCUACAGCCAUCACCUGACCAACGGCCCGGGGUUGCUGGGUCACCACACGCUGCCUCGACCGGGAGUCAUCCGCUCCAUUGGGGUCACCAGAGGCGGCCGCAAGAGGGACGAGCAGGUGAGGCUCACCCCGGAGGAAGAGGAGAAGAGGAGGGUGCGGCGUGAGCGAAAUAAGCUGGCUGCAGCCAAAUGCCGCAACCGCAGACGGGAGCUGACUGAGAUGCUGCAAGGGGAGACUGAAAAGCUGGAAGAGGAGAAGGCCGACCUGCAGAAGGAGAUCGAGACCCUGCAGAAGGAAAAAGACAAACUGGAGUUCAUGCUGGUUGCACAUAAUCCUGUAUGCAAGCUGCCCAUGGAGGAUCGCCAGCAGGCUUCAGUGCACCAGCAGCAUCAGCAGUGUGCCCCCCUCCCCCUGACCAUGCGUGCCAGCAUGGGCACUCGCGGCCCACUCAAUCAAAUCGUCGUGAAGCAGGAGCCGCAGGAUGAAGACGAGGUGGGAAAGACCCAACGCACCGUCAUUAAGCCCAUCUGCCUGGGUGGUGGUGUUGGGAUGUACUGCACAGAUGGAGACAGCCUGAACACACCAGUAGUGGCGGCGUCUACCCCGGCGUCCACGCCCAACGCCCCAAACCUCAUCUUCACCUACCCCAGCAUGCUGGAGCCGGAGAGUCCCUCCCCCUCCUCUGAGUCCUGCUCCAAGGCGCACCGGCGCAGCAGCAGCAGCGGAGACCAGUCCUCAGACUCCCUCAAUUCCCCCACCCUCCUGGCGCUCUGAGCGAGGACCCCGCUCAGGCCGCAAACAAACACUGUGGCCGCACGCGAGCAAGAGGAGCUGCUGUGCACCCCCCCCCCCCCCCCCGCCUCUCCCCCAGUGUCUUUUAAAAAUCCAAAAGCACAUUAAAGAGUCCAGACCAAGCUGACCGCACGCAUCACCUCCUUCACACAGGGAGACCCACAAGGGCUAAGCCGCUUGUUUCCUCUUGUUCUGCUUCACUGUAAAAAAAUUUUGUUUGUAAAGGUGUGUGUGCACUGAACCUGACGAGCGUCGACUCUUUGCCAUAUUGCAACUCCAGCGCGUCAAUUGUGUAAACUUGUUUUGAAGCAAGCGGCGCCAACAUCUGCCAUCCGCACAUUAAGGCAUCAGCAGCUAAAGAACACGUUCUUGUUCUAAAAGCCAUGUGGACGACACUCGCACUCUGCCAAGAACAACUGAAAAAUUCUAUAAUUAAGAGGUCAGCGUUUUACAAGGAUUCCCGAGGAGAGAUGCAACUUUUCAACACGUUUUUUCCGAUCCCAAAACAAUCGGAGCGUGUUUCAGGAACUCAAGCAUUUCUGACGUUAUUUCUAUCUCUUUAACCGUACUUCUGCCCUGUGCCGAUACAUUUUACGAAGCGUUUUGAUGACCAAUCAUGCUUUUCUGCCUGUAGAAAGCAGAAUCCUCAGUGUUGCAAAGGAUACGAGCCAAUCUGAAAUCACUUUGUAGUCAGCCGACACCCGAUACCUUCUUUUGUAGUGGCUUGUGUUGGUGUUAUUAGUGAUUCUGUACUUGAACUCUACAACGUUUAUGACCGAAGUGUUCGUGACUUACAUCCAUCCAUCUGUGAAGAACUCUGCAGGACCGAAAGGCCAAAGUGGUGCAGAGGUGUUUGCGUUCAUCAUGUCACAUCAGCAAAGCCGACAAAGCAAGAAGCGAAACAACAACAACAAAAAAGACUAUCCUGCAGUUCUUUCUCACAUUUUCUUCUCUCGCUCAAUAAAGUUUGUGUUCGCCAUUGCCUCUCGAGCCAGGUCAGGUUUUAAAAGCCACAAAAACAAAUCAACACAACAAAGUUAUAUGACACAUCAUCUUGUCAUUCAUUGUUUUUUGUGUAAGGGAGGCAUUUGGGUCAACCUUUUGAAAACCUGCUGCGGUCUUGACUGUCGCAGCUGGUAACGAUUGUUUCUACUGUCUUUAUGAAUCUGUCACUUUUAUUAAUGAUGUGCUGAUUUUAUGUCUGGAUGAAUACGAUAAAGUUGAGGUACUACUCUGUCGCUGAGUGGCAUAAAACAAGGGCCGAACACACAAACGGUGGUGGGCACAGCUAACCAAAAAAUUAGCUUCGAUAAUGCUAACCGCUGCUAACUGGUUAAUGCUAAAAUGAAAACUGCUAAAACAUUUAGCUGAAGCUGUGGUAACCACUAACUUGCAGUGUAUAAAUUGAGCUUUGACUUUUUUUUUUUUUGCCCUAAAACCCUGAAAAAAAUCUGGUUUUAAUCAGUCAAAAAGUAAACAUGGAGGUUACCUGAAAGCUUUAGCACACCAAGAUCAGACGAUGAAGAAGAGGUACAUUAAUAAUUGAAUGAAUAAAUGGAAUUUAACAUAGUUUUUCACAGCACAAUAAGAAAUAUUAAGAAAUAAAAUACCCUUUGUAAAAAAAAAAUGCUCCUGCUCCCCCAUCUCUUGGAGGUGACGCUUACCACCUUCACGCGAUGUCGAUUUAGCUUGCUGCGUUAGCAGAAUAGGAACAAACCUAUGAUUUUUAUAGUUUAGACACAUUUUUGAAACUUUAUUCAAGAAAAUGUUCGCUGACAAAGUUAGUGGAAACAAAAUUUAAUGGACGCUAACUGACCUGCGAAAGCUAAUCUGCUCACAUGCUGACAAAAUGUUAGCUUCGCUAAUUAGCUGUGAGCUGAUUAGCUAAACUGUGUCCACCAUCAUACACAAACAUAAUUUAGCCAAGAGGACUGUGUUUUUACAGCUGGCCUGAGAAGAAGAAAAGGGACACAAUGGAAAGAAAGAGCAGUGUUUCUAAAGUUCUAUGAAGCACUUGUUUUUGGUGUGUGUGCGUGUAUCUUAAAGGGAUAUAAGGGGUUUUCAGAACAGUGCACUGAGACGGCAGCAAUAUUGGGAACUGUUUAUUUGUUCUCUUCAAACAUUCCUGGUGAAGGUUGGGGGUCAACGGGUUCGGUUUGAAUCUGUUUCCUUGUUGUGGCUGGAAGACUUUUGUUGUGCUGGAUGCAGCAAAUAGACUGAAAAAUCAUUACGAGCUGCUGUUCCCGUCACUGGAAAGUUAUUUAUCUUCUGAUAAUGUCGAGUUUAAAGGUCACCGGUUUAUGAUAAGGAUGCCUGUGUGACAUCAUAAAGAGAGGAAGUGAUAACCAAAAAGAACCUUGACAUUAUUUUGUGUGGAUGUUGGCAUUUUGUGGAGUGCGUAGAUACACACACGGGAAACGUGACUGUGGAUCUUCUACUGUAGAUGUCGUCUACUGUCUGUCGCCUGGUUUCAACUGCUAUCACUUUGUUUCCAGAUGCUUUAACUGUUUUAAAUAAUUCAAAAUGAAUAAAAACAGCAAUAUGUAUAGCAGUGUUUGUUAAUUUAAAUCAAUAAUAAUAAUAAUGAUAAUAAAUGAACAUUUUCGAAAUGGA